CCGAGCUGCUUCUAGUCGCUUCCAUCCUGCAAUUGCCGCCAUCAGCGAUGGUGAUGGAGCCCGCCAGCAGCAGCUGCAGUAGAUGAGUACUUGAGCGCCUCCGCUCCCAGCACGCCACUGGGGUUUGUCUAAGUGCGCCUGCCUGGCCCCGUCGCCGUUGUAUCGACACACACUGUUUGUGUGGCGUAGGGGUUCUUUCAUUUACACGCAGUCGUGGGGCGGUUGCAUCGUCUAGGGUGCGCAUUCCUGUGAUUCAGAGGCUGACCACGGUGUCGCUGCUUUGUGUUCCAGCGCAUUGUUCUGCGCGGCGUUUCCUUCUAAGUUCAAGGGUUUUGCUUGUCGAUUGGUCGCGUGAGUGGACGUCGAGGGCGGAGAUCAAUAGCCUCGUACAUACAAAGAUACAUUCAUACACACAUACAGCGGGUGCCGUGGUAAGGGUUUGGAAUGAAUAGCCUACUUAGUGUUUUUUUUAUGUUUUUAGUUGCAGCCCUUUGUUGUGUGCAGGGGUAGUGUAGGCCGGUGUACGUAAGGUUUGCCGGUCGAGACGUGAGAUCCUUUCUUGGAAGGGUUUGGGAGAGGUUGUUUCAAGUGCAGGUUGGUGAUAGUUCUCGUUAUCAGAGUGAGUGCAGAGUUUGCGAAUCACUCACAUAUCGUUCAUUAUCGUUAACAGAGUUUGCUAGUGUGAGGAGUCUUAAUGCAAGUUGUAAUUUUCGCCGAUAUCUUCGAUACGAGCCUUAGGCGUCUAGUUGUGUCUUCGAGUCGGAGUUCGGAAGUUUGGAGGAAGGAGUAUUGCUUGCCCUCUGCCUCUUCUCAGUUUUUCUUUCGCCGCCGCGCCGAAGUUGGUCCUCCACCGAGAAUGAAUAAGUUUCUGAAGCAGGGAGAGGACUUCGGACCGUAGAGAAAAAAACCUUUCUCGUUGGUGAAGCAUACUUGGGCACACUUUUCGGCCAUACGCGUUCUCGGUCGGGGGAACAUGACCAGCGCCUCGGAUGUUGGAUAAUUGAUUUCGCAACUACGCUCGGGCUGACACUCUGUUUUAGAGUUUUGAGCGGGGUUCUAUAUGCGUCGCAUGCCGGUAAUGGCUGUGUGGAUGUCGAACACCGGUGACCCUUGAGCAUAUUAUCGGCCACAUCCUCAUUCUUUGUUUUCUUGCAGGUUCAGUGCUCACUGGUUAAGUGCCACAUUAAUCAAUCGAAUUUCAUUUGCAGUAGUUUGGAGGUUCUCUGUGUCUAUCGGAGCUUGUUUCUAUGGCGGAUUUUGAAGUAUUGGUCGGCUUCCAGGAGCAUGUGCCCCUCCCUGCGCUGUUGCAAAACGCGACGGAUGAUCUAGAGAAACUAUAUUCUCUCGGGAAGAAACUGGGAGAGGGUCAAUUUGGAACUACGUAUCUCUGCACCGAGCGUGCGACAGGGUUACAAUUCGCUUGCAAGUGCAUUCCCAAGCGAAAACUCAUCUCCUCAGAGGAAAUCGAAGAUGUCGGCCGGGAGGUCGAGGUUAUGUAUCACCUCUCUGGCCACCCUAACAUCGUCACCCUCAAGGGUGCAUACGAGGAUGCCACCAAUGUCUACUUGGUGAUGGAGCUUUGCGAGGGUGGGGAGCUUUUCGAUCGUAUUAUUGAACGCGGGACUUACACGGAAGCAGAAGCUGCUCGUCUGACAAGAACAAUAGUUAGCGUCGUCGAAGCGUGUCACAAAUCUGGUGUUGUGCACCGGGAUCUGAAGCCGGAAAAUUUUCUAUUCAAGACCAAGGAAGACGAUUCUGUUUUGAAGGCUGCGGAUUUUGGCUCGGCUAGGUUUUUCGAGCCGGGAGAUGUGUUUACUGAUAUUGUCGGAAGCCCCUACUAUGUUGCGCCGGAGGUCUUGGAUCGGCAUUACGGGCCAGAAGCUGACAUCUGGAGUGCUGGGGUUAUGUUGUACAUUUUGUUGAGCGGUGCUCCACCGUUUUGGGCAGAGACAGUGCAGGGUAUAUUCGAGAAAGUCAUGGAGGGGGAACCCCCGACCUUUACCGCCGAUCCUUGGCCGAACAUUUCGGAGGUGGCGAAGGAUUUGAUCCGAAAGAUGUUGGAUCCCAAUCCAGAAAAGCGGCUUAAAGCCCACGAGGUUUUGAAUCACCCUUGGAUUCGUGAGGAUGGUGUGGCGCCUAAGAAGCCUAUCGCGUCCCUCGUCCAGUUCCGGAUGAAGCAAUUCGCUGCGAUGAACAAGCUGAAGAAACUGGCAAUUCGGAUCAUUGCCGAGACGCUCUCGGAGGAGGAGAUAGCAAAUUUAAAGGAAAUUUUCACCGAGAUGGAUAGCGACAACGAUGGUGCCAUAAGCUUCGAGGAGCUGAAAGCGGGUCUGCUCAGGGUGGGGACAUCCCUCAAGGACGCUGAGCUAUUCGACCUUAUGGAUGCUGCAGAUGUCGACCACGAUGGCAUGAUUGAUUGCGGGGAAUUUCUAGCUGCCACUCUGAGCCUUAAUCACAUUGAAUUGGAGGAGAAUCUCAUGGCGGCCUUUCAGUAUCUCGAUAAGAGCGGUAGCGGAUAUAUCACCACCGAUGAGCUCCUCGCUGUCUGCUUCGAAUUUCACAUGGAGGACGUACGCUUGGAGGAUCUUUUACAUGACGUGAGCAUUGGCGCAGACGGUAGUAUUGACUACAAGAUGUUCGUGACCAUGAUGCGCAAGUGCAAUGGCGGCAUGGGUCAUCAGAAUCUGCGGUGUACCCUGGGCAUCACAGACGUUCUGACACUAGAGGAGCAGUACUAGUCACUUUUUUCUCUUUUGAGUGCCAUGGAACUUAUUAGGAUGUGGGUGGCUUGUAAUUUGGAGGAAAUUUCAGAAAAAGUAAAAAACAGCUAUACAAAAACUCGGAAAAGGACCUCCUAUACUCCUACAGUUUUGAUAAAUACUAUAGAAAGACAAAGCAUCAAAGCCGGUCAGGAGUCGAAUGAGGGGGAUGAUGAGUCGACGUCGGACAUUGAGCUUAAUGUGUAAUUGCGUUGCCGAAUAGAGAUGGAUGCUUUAGCCCUAAUUACUCAGUUGCAGUUGCUGAGACACGAAUGAUUCAAAGUUGGAAGCCGUUAAGGAGGGUAGACUACAGCGGAGCUUCUCGUCAUCUCCACUGAGCGUGUUCUAUUGUACUCUGGAGGAGAGCUUUUCCUACUGUAGAAAUAAGUAGCUAAAAGGUUGAAGUAGAUACCUGUCGUUCGUUUUUGGAUGACUUGGAUGUAGUUUUGUUUUGUAACCAGUGGUGGAGGUGCUCUCUAUACUCUGGAUAUGCUUUGUAUUUCUAAAUUACUCGUGUCCGUGAAGCCCUUCUAUGGCAAUCCUUCUGCUUCGGAGGGCUGAAGAACAGAUGGACCUAUAAGAGUAUGUAGUCUUGUUUGAAGCUUGAGUGUAAUGUAUCGGCUAAUGUGGUGGCGUUGUUCACACCUAAAUCUUACGAAAUCUAUGCAAGAGUGGCCUGAUUUUGAAAUGCCUGUCAGUCUUGCACUUUAUUUA